ACGGUUGCGAAGUUGCUGCCAGCGCUUGCGCACGAGUCUCGGGACUUGGAGAAGAUCGCUUCUUCGUGUGAACCGGAAGAGACACGCUGCGCAAGUGUGUAGACGCCACAGGCGUGGGUGGGGGUUGCUGUGAUAGAACAUUCUCAGUGCUAGUUUUGUUGGGCGUAUAGUCACGUCGUUCUGUAGCAAGAGGGUUGCCAUGGCAGCUAGGAAAAAUGUGAUGAGAGCUGUCAAAGUGUUUCAGUUUGGUGGACCUGAAGUGCUUAAGCUGCAGUCAGAUACUUCCUUGCCAGUUCCAGAAGAGAACCAGGUUCUCAUUAAAGUUCAUGCAUGUGGCAUUAACCCAGUGGAAACCUACAUUCGUUCUGGGACUCAUGCUAAGAAACCAGCCUUACCUUACAUACCUGGUACAGAUGUGGCUGGGAUAGUACAAGGUGUUGGGGAACAUGUAACUGCUUUCAAGAAAGGAGACAGGGUUUUUACCCUUGGUACCAUUUCUGGCGGUUAUGCUGAAUAUACAAUUGCAUCGGUUGACACCGUCUUUUCCUUGUCUGAUAAACUCGACUUCAAGCAAGGUGCAGCAACUGGAAUUCCAUAUUUUACUGCAUACCAUGCUCUCUUUCAAAAAGGAUCUGCUAAAGCAGGAGAAACUGUGCUAGUCCAUGGAGCAAGUGGAGGAGUUGGAAUAGCAACAUGCCAGAUUGCAAGAGCAUAUGGACUGAAAGUCUUUGGAACAGCUGGAACUGAAGAAGGAAUGAACCUAGUUUUGAAAAAUGGAGCCCACAAAGUAUUUAAUCACAGGAAGGAGGACUACUUGGCUCAGAUUAAGGAAAUUGCUGGUGCACAAGGCAUAGAUGUGAUAAUAGAGAUGUUGGCCGAUGUCAACCUUGCCAGUGAUUUGCAACUGCUGUCAAGUGGAGGAAGAGUGAUGAUUGUAGGUAGUCGUGGUCCCAUUGAGAUAAACCCUAGGGAUACUAUGCUGAAAGGAUCAAGCAUCAGAGGACUUUCUUUAUUCUCUGCAUCUAAGGAUGAACUGCGUGAAUGUGCAGCAUCGAUUCUUGCCGGUAUAGAAGCUGGCUGGCUGAAACCAGUAGUAGGCCCUGAAUAUCCAAUGGAGAAGGCGGCAGAGGCUCACAAAGACAUCAUCCACAGCAAAGGCGCCUUGGGGAAGAUGGUGCUUAUAAUGAGUUAAAUUGUGGUGCUGAAGUGCCUCCGCACUAAUCUUAUAAUUGCUGCUCACAGUUAUUAAUGGAGCACAUUUUGAAUACUUCUCAAAAUGUGAUUCAGGUAUAAGAUGCAGUAGGCGCGUUUUGAAUAUUUCUUAAAAUGUGAUUCAAUUAUAAGCUGCAAUAGGCACUAAUUUGGGCAAAUAUUUUUUUUCAAGCCUGAAAAGAUGAAAUGCUUUGUAUUUCUGGCGUGUCUUAAACACUGCUGUUCAUUGUUUUGCGAAUCUUUAUGAUGUCUCUUCUGCAUCUGGAUGGUGCUGCUAUAUCAUAGUCCUUUUCUCAUGAGCAUGCUGAAUGUGCAUUUGGACCUACAUAAAAGCAUAUUAAAAACCUGCUGUGGUAUUUCAA